AUGGGACGCCCUCACCGUCGAGCACCCGAUAUCGAUUUGGAUGGCUCUUACCAGCCGCAUGCAUAUCAGUAUAACCGACCGGCAGCCGCCCCAUACGACGACCCAUAUCCUCCCAGGGGUCGCAGCCCGGGACCCCGCCGUCGCCACAGAUCUGAGCCUACAGCCGCACCCGUCGCCUAUUACGACGACAAAUCGCAAGAACAUGCUCAAAAGAAAGAUCCUCGCGAAGGUCGCAGGCACCGCAAAGAGCGCAAGGACACCGUACUGGACGAACACAUAGCUCCGGUAGAUACAAGGCGUGAUCGCAAAGCUCCUAAGGAAAGCUACCACGACGACUACGAUGAAGCCCUUCCUCGGCGAGCGCGAAGCCAUGGGCCCUCCGCGGGGGACUCGUAUCGGGCCACCAAUGAUCGAGAAGGCUUCGACACAUACGCGCCCGCAUCUCGUCGGGGUCGUGAGCGACAAUAUGCCUACCACCCGCCCCGAACAAGCGAGACAAGACGCGCCAAAUACUCUGACUAUGACCCAGAAAUGCGUCCCAGUAAUACGCGUCGCUCCCGUUACGCCGACUACGAUCCGGAGCCUCGGAUCAGCGACAGGAGAAGGUCACGUCACGCCGAGGAUGACGGCGCUGUUCCGCGUAGGGCUAGCGCGACAUAUCGUGCUCGACAUUCAGACUACCAGACCGACCCGCGUAGACGCUCUACAGAACGUGCGGCCCCGAGCCGCGGUAAUGGGAAUAAUGACUCGCCAGGCCGCUUUGUCCAGCCAGGGCAGGAACGAUCCGCAAGGGGUCAGUCUGUGCCCAGGAAUCCUGCCGUAGGAAACGCCGCGCGAGGAGCUCGGCCCCGGGCGAAGUCUGCCGUUGGGUACGCAGCUCUUGGUGAAGCUGCCCAGACCGCCUUUCGUGUUGGCAGCCAAGCGGCCUAUCAGAUGCGUAAUGAGCCCGGGCCUUGGAUCGGCGAGAAGGGCACCAAAGUAGCUACAGCUGCCCUAGGUGCUGCUUUGGUGGACACGUUUGUUGGCCACAAGGCUUCUGGUAUGAAAGGCGGCAUGCGGCAUCAAGCAUUGCGUCAGGCAUGCGAGAUGGGCAUACGCAACUUUGUGAUGCAGCCCGCGGUCAACAGUGCCAAUAGCUACGGUGGAAGUGGGGGUGGCAGUGGACGCAGACGUCGGUGA